AUGGGAGAUAAUGAAGAGAAGAUUGAGUCGAAGGCUGAGGAGGGUUACGUCUCCGGAGGCGAAGAGAAAGGCGCGGAAAAGAAAGACAAGAAGAAGAAGAAGAACAAAGAAGGAGGAGCAGAUGGGGAGAAGAAGAAAUCCAAGGAGGAGAAGAAACAACAGAUUAAAGACAAGUAUAAUGAUGUCGACAAGCUCAAGGCCAAGUUGGAGAAGAUGGAGGCUAAAAUCGCAACUCUUGUAGAGAAAAAGGAUGAGAUUGUCAGGCUCAUCAAAGAAGCCGAGGAUAACAACAACAACAGCAAUGCCUAA